AUUAUCUUCAGGCGCGUGGGCUGGUCUGUCUGUGUGCGCGUGUGAGUCUAUAAGUGUGAAAGGUUACUAGGGGUUGAAGAUAACAUCAAACACCGCCGCUCUUCGCAGAGUGUGUGUGUUUGUCUAAGUGUGUGUGUGUGGUCCGUUGCUACCUAGUGGGCGUGUUCCCGGUCCUCCCUGCAGACCGGUGCACGUGCGUGCCUGCGCGCGGGUGUCAUUGCAUGCUUGCGCGAGCUCAGAGGGGAGAAACAGAAGCUAUAUUUGAGUUUAUUUGGUCCUGUCUUUUUUUUUUUUUUAUGAACGGAAUGGGUUUUGUCAGUCUGCACAACAGCGGCGGUCACGCGUGGGUGAUUUCUCAUUGAGUGUGAGUGGUUUUCACGCGCGUGCCCCCCUCCUCUUCCUCCUCUUCCUCCUCCUUCUCCACAGCGUGGAGGUGCGGGGCCACUGGCUGUGUUGUUGCGGCACUGGAUGGAUCUAACUAGCAUGUUUGCGGGAGAAGCCUCGGGCGGUGUAAGCGGAGGGAAAUAAAACGGGCUUUAAUUUGGUGUUUUUUCUUAUUCUACCUGGCUUUGCUGAGCAGUCACCUCCACUGUGGCGACAUGUCAAACUCAAACAAAAGCAAAAAGGACAAAGAAAUCCUCGCUGAAUACGAGAGCCAAGUGAAAGAUGUGCGGGCCCAGUUGGUCGAGCAGCAGCGCUGUCUGGAGCAGCAGACAGAAAUGCGGGUCCAGCUGCUUCAGGAUCUGCAGGACUUCUUCAGGAAGAAGGCUGAGAUUGAAACAGAAUAUUCCCGAAACCUGGAAAAACUCGCUGAGAGGUUCAUGGCCAAGACGCGAAGCACGAAAGACCAUCAGCAAUACAAAAAAGAUCAAAACCUACUCUCUCCAGUGAACUGCUGGUACCUGCUGCUAAACCAGGUGAGGAGGGAGAGUAAGGACCACGCCACCCUCAGUGACCUGUACCUGAACAACGUCAUCACCCGCCUCACACACAUCAGUGAAGACUCCGCUCGUCUGCUGAAGAGGAGUAAGGAGAUAAUUUUUCAGCUUCAGGAAGAUCUCAUGAAGCUUCUGAAUGAGCUUUACACAGUGAUGAAGACGUAUCACAUGUACCACGUGGAGACGAUCAAUGCUGAAACCAAGCUGAGGGAGGCGGAGCGUCAGGAGGGGCGUGUGAAGGGCGUGUCAGUUACAGGUGGAGGGGUGGAGCCUGUGUUCAGUCUGCGGAUAGAAGAGCGGCAUCAGAGACGCAACGCUGCCCGCAAGAUGGAGAAGAUGAGAGAGAAGAGGAAGGCAAAAUACUCAGAAAACAAACUGAAGACUCUGAAAGCCAGGAAUGAGUAUCUGCUCACCCUGGAGGCCACUAAUGCCUCUGUGUUUAAAUACUACAUCCAUGACCUGCCCGAUAUCAUAGACUGCUGUGACCUAGGGUACCACUCCAGUCUGAGCCGGGCUCUGAGGACCUACCUAUCAGCCGAAUUGAGCCUUGAAGCCUCCAGGAGGGCGGGUCUGGAGGUGCUGGAAGGGGCUGUUGAGGGCUUGGACCCUGCCCGUGACAGGCAGCGUCUGCUGGGUCUGUAUCCCACUGCCUUUUGUCCUCCACAACGCUUUAGUUUCCAGGCCCACAUGGGUGACGCAGUGACCCAGAUUGCCUCUCAGCCGCAGGUUCAGGCUGAGCUCACCCUCCGCCUCACACAGCUCCAAACCCGCCUGGCGUCUCUGAAGAUAGAAAAUGAAGAGGUGAAAAAGACCUGGGGUGCCACUCUGACCACGCUGCAAGACAUGACCGUGCUGGACGACUAUGACGUCUCCCAGAGCUUCACCCACAGUCCGUCCUCAGAGUCAGUCAAGUCCAGCGUGUCCGACGGCUACUUGAACAAACCGAGUCUGGCCAAGAGACGGGCCAACCAGCAGGAGACGGAGCUGUUUUACUUUAAUAAAUUCCGUGAAUAUUUGGAAGGAAGUAAUCUAAUUUCCAAGCUUCAGGCCAAACAUGACACACUGAAGAAAGCCUUAGCAGAAGGCUAUAAAGCUGAACUACUAACUACCAGUCGUGGGCGGAAGAACUCCCACAGCAAGCAUCAGGAUUCUACUAAAGCCAUACCUUUGCUUGUGGAGAGCUGCAUCCGCUACAUUAAUCUACAUGGUCUUCAGCAUCAGGGUAUAUUCCGAGUGUCAGGAUCGCAAGUGGAGGUCAAUGACAUCAAGAACUCCUUUGAAAGAGGUAAUGACCCACUUAUCGACGAGGAGAGCAACCAUGACAUCAACUCUGUGGCAGGUGUGUUAAAGCUUUACUUCAGGGGGCUGGAGAAUCCACUGUUCCCCAAGGAUCGGUUUAAUGACCUCAUCUCAUGCGUCCGGAUAGAAAACCUGUACGAGAGAGCUCAGUGCAUCCGUAAGAUCCUGCUGGGUGUCCCGAGGGCAACGCUGGUGGUGAUGCGUUAUCUGUUCGCCUUCCUCAACCACCUCUCCCAGUACAGCGAUGAGAACAUGAUGGAUGCUGGGAACCUGGCCAUCGUGUUUGGCCCCACCCUCCUGCCCACACCAGACACAUUGGACCAGGUGGCGUGCCAGGCGCAUGUGAAUGAGGUCAUCAAAACGGUCAUCCUGAACCACGACAACAUCUUCCCAGACACCAAGGAGCUGCCUGGUCCGGUUUAUGAGAAGUGUAUGACAGGCGAUCAGUACUGUGAGAGUCCGUUCAGCGAGCCGGGAGCAUUGGAGGAGGCCGAACCCGACGCCGGCACAGAGACCCAAACCAGCGAUGAGGAGGGUGAGGCGGUGGAGGCGGUGGCAAGGUUUGACUAUGUGGGCCGUUCGGGCCGGGAACUAUCCUUCAAGAAGGGAGCGUCCCUGCAGCUCUUUCAGCGUGCAUCACAUGACUGGUGGGAGGGGCGCCACAACGGCAACCAUGGCUUGGUGCCUCAUCAGUACAUUGUGGUGAAGGACAGGGCGGACGCCAUGUCAGAUACACUCAGUCAGAAAGCAGACAGUGAUGGAGGGAGCAGCAGCACCGAUGAUAAGAGGUCCAGGAGUGAACUGAGCUCCCCUACGGACAUCAGACCUCCAGAGACCUAUAACAGGUCUGUCAUUCAUCGGAGGAAGCGAACAGACGGUUUAUUCCGCCGCCCCCUUGGUCGCUCGAACGACACCUACUGCCAUGGCAAUGGGGGAGUGAUGGAACGCAGCUCUCCGCCGGUGACAGGUCACUUCAGUCCCAGGGAGUUGUUGCUGGGACGCGGUCAAGGCUUGACCCCGCCCCUCGAUAGCCCAGAGCGCCGCCGUCGCUCUGCAGCAGCAGUGACCAUGACAGUCAGCCGACAUGAUUCGCUGAGGAGACCAGAAGACACGCCCAUCCGACGCUCGAGCAGCGGUCAGCAUGGCUUCAGUGACUCUCAUCGUUCAAGAGGGUUGGACCCCGACACGCUGGCACAGGACAUCGAGGAGACGGUGACGGUGGCUCUGGGGGAGCUGAGGCAGCUGGAGCGGCAGGGCUGCAGGCCGGCGCCCGACGUAGUGCUGGACACUCUGGAACAGGUGAAGAAUGGUCCCAUCACCACCUGCUCCUCCGAGUCUCCCAGCCCCCACAGCACCCCCAGCACCCCAGGAACCCCGGGAACACCGGGCACCCCUGGUACUCCAGGAACACCUGGCACACCAAGCCCCCUCAGCCCUCUGAGCCCCAUCAGCCCACUACCUGGACCUCCGCCUGGACCUCCCCGACCGGCCAAUCCUUCUCCUGACACCCUGGGCUCCUUCAAGCCUGUGGCAGCUGCCCGUAUGGGGGCCCCCUUGCGGCCCCCUGCAGUUAGGCCCAAACCUAUGAUUCCACCGAAGAGCAGCACUCCGCCUCUGCCCCCGCCGCUGGACAAAUCCUGCACCAUGUGAGCCAAACCCGGCCAAUAAUAGGCCAAAUCAGGCCUACCCGGGCCAAAAAUGGGUCAGAAGAGGAGAUCAGGGUACUGCUAAAUGUUUAUAAUCAACAUGAGGGUAGAAAGGGUAGGAAAGACUAAAAGGGUUUUAAUGUAGUAAUAAAAUAUAAUAUGACAUGACCUAUGAUAUGAUAUGCCAUGAUAUUUAUGUGUUGUCAGGUUGGUGUGUACUCUCUUGGUGUGUAGGAGUUUACUUUCUCCAUGUAUUGAAGCAUUUAUCAAAGGUUAGCUAAAAGAACAGCUGAUAAAGAGAUACAGGGACGAACGUAGACACGGCAUCCUGUUCUGUAUAUUAAAUAAUAGAGAGACAUGGAGAGUGUAUUUCAGCUCCAGUAAAAUGUAGUUUCAGUGACGUGAAUGUGGGCUGUACUGUCAUGACGAUAGGCUCUGAAGUAACGCAGGCCUAUCAGGAAAAGGCUGCUGUUUUUAAAGAACUAUCCUGACCGGCUUGGCUGCUGUAUCUGUAUAAGUGACUCGGAUAAAAGCCGUAAAGAAGAAGAGAACAUGGCAGAGUGAAGGCAACGAUGGUUCAACAACGUCUGUGUGACUUAAUUUAUUUUUUUAAUUUUUUCACUCGGUUCAGCUGCUAAGCUCACUUUCACCUCAAACCACGAAACGCCUCUUGAGGUCGUCAGUGACACAAAACUCACGUUAUUUAACCAAUGUUCAGCUAUUUAAUGAAUGUUUCCAGUAUUUAACGACUGUUCAGCCAUCUAUUGAAUGUUCAGUGAGCUGUGGAGGCGACUCACUUAACUUUUUAACAGCCUUGUUGUGUUUAAAGUGGAAACCCAUGCCCAGACCGGAGCUUCAGACAGGGUGGAUUUAUCGGUGGAGGGAGUUAGGAACCUGGACAGAACUUUUUCUGGGAUGGGGUGGGUGUAUGAUUUCUUUGUUCUUGUGUGUGUGCGAAAAGAAUAUGUGUUUGUGUGUGUGUGCGUGUGUGUGUGCGUGUUUGUGUGUGUGUGUGUGAGAGUGUGUCUUUUUUGCCUGCCCUUGUACUACUCCCUUGUAAGUGCAGACGCACUAGAAUAGUCAUAGAUAAUAGAUAAUUCAUGCCUGCCUUGAGUGCCAGCACACACAAGCGCAAGUUGGGAAAGCAGUGCGAGUGCAAAAAGCAUGCCACUUUCUCUGAGUGUGUGUAUACGUGUGUGUUAAUGGUUUACCUGCUUGUUACACUAAAGUCACUGGUUAACCUUAAAUUCACAGUAAGCUAACAGGGUGGGGCUCUGUCUGUAAACGCCCAAAAAACACUUGAACAGCACACUGAAUGUGGCCUCCAACCGGGCUGGUAACUGAUGUGAGUGUGGUGAUUAAAAUGAAAUGUGACUUGCUGAGAUGGGAUAUGGAUGCACAUCUGUGUGUGUAUACGUGUGUGUGGAUGUAAGUGUGUAUCUGUGAAAGUGCCUUUUUUUUAAUCCUUGUCUUUUUUGGGGAGUUGUGAAUCCACUCACGCAUGUCCUGAACGAAGAGCAGCAGCACUCCGAAUGAAAUAAUCAUAAAGUGUUUAGUAGAUUACUGAAUUAUGAAUUCUAGCAUUAACCCAUUGUGACAUUGCACUUUGAUGUAUAGGAUUGUGUACUUGGCAUGUAGCAUCAUAACAUGUUGGUGCAUUUUAACUCAAAGGGAAGUUUCUUUGAAUGUGUUUGAUAAUAAAGGAAAUGGUUUUUGUCUGUUAGUGUUGCUGUAUUUGAAACCUGAGCUUCCUACAGAUGAGCUCAUAUAGCCAAAUGGAUUGUAUCAACGUGUUGUAUUUAUAUUAUAAAUAAACCUGAAUAAAUUAGCAUUCAAGUCAU